AUGGGAGAUUAUAGUCUGAAUCUUAACAGCAACAACCUUGCGUCUGAGGCUGCCGCUGAGGUGGACAAGAAUGAGGUUGAUGACACACUGGACUUCGGGGACCCUGAGUAUAAAGGCCAGGAUUCUGUGGAUCUUCUGGACCUAAAUCCCCAAGAUGAGGAUGAUGUCCAGCUGGAGCUGGAGAGCCCCCUCAAGGGGGAGCCUGAGCAGGAAGUCACUGGGACACAGGAUCAGGAUGAGAUCCUUUCCCAUCUGCAGAGUGUCCAGGACAAGGACUUGGAGGAGGGGAAGAUGCCUGAAGUGAGCCGACUGUCCAUCAGCCAAGAGUUGCCAGUGCCCAGAGGCAAAAAGAAGAAAAGAAGAAUCUUCGAUUUGGCAAGACCCAAGACCAACCGGCAAAUGUUGACAGACAGGGUGGGCUGCUGUCAGGGCUAUGCCUGGAUUUCCCCCUGCAAGAUGACCUUGCAUUUCUCUGUCUUCUGGCCAUCCAUCUACUGGACGGAAAGAUUUCUAGAAGACACUACCCUGUCCAUCACUGUGCCAGAGAUAUCUGCCCGCGUGGAAGAACUGGCUCGGCCUAAGAGGUUCUACUCAGAGUAUUACAACAACAACAGGACCACACCCAUCUGGCCAAUCGGUCGGUCCACCUUGGAAUUCCAAGCAUCUAAUCGCUUGAGGGAACUGGCUGCUCCUAAGAUCCGGAAUAACAUCUGGAAUAUAAGCAUGUCUGAGAUGACCCAGGUGUCCAGGGCAGCCCAGACGGCCACCCCCAGUCCACGGAUCCUCCAACUGGCAAAGCCCAGGCCCCCAGCCACCCUGCUGGAAGAGUGGGACCCCAUGCCAAAGACCAAGCCACAUGUGUCGGACAACAGUCGCCUCCUUCAGCUGGCCAUGCCCAAGGUCCUGUCGGAGAAGUGUGUACCCGACCGCAACCCCCACUGGCAGGUGCUGGAUGCUGCCAAGAAGGCGGUGGCCAGUCCCCGGAUCAUCUCCCUGGCUAAGCCGAGGGCACGUAAGGACCUCCAUGAGGAUUACAACCGGCCUCGCCUCGCCUCAAUGAGCUCGCCAUCCCCAAGAGCAUCACCAGAAAAGUGUGACUGGCCAGGCGCCACAAGGUGGGAAGGAAGAUAUGUGAACAGGUGCUUGAGCGCAGGCGAGGCCACUGGGAGCCAGUACUUCACCACCGACAUCUCCCCAGGCCUGCAGAGCGCACCCAACACCUCGGCCCCGCCGCCCGCGAAGCCCGACAGGGGGCGCCCGGACCCGCCCGCGCGCACCUACUACGCGCCGGCCCGCCCCGGCUCCGCCCCCGCGUGCCGCAGCCAAUGA